AUGACAAUACAAUUUUGCAAAACUUUGCAAAUGAAUGUCUCAAAUGUGGUGACAAUUGCGGCCACUAUUGUAUUGAUUGCAAUAAAUGGCAGUUUGUGUUCAGUCGGCGACCGAUUGCCGUAUUUCCGCAAAUGUCUUCAGACCUGCUUUGAGACCAACUGCUCGACCGCUGACCUCUUGGAUGAGUUCGCUGUCCGACAGCCCGCUUACAUGUCUUGGAUUGGAUGGAACUGUCAUCGGGAGUGCGAACACUACUGCCAGUGGAUGACAAUUAGUCACUUGGUCUCCAGCCCUGAGACNAAUACCUGCUUUGAGACCAACUGCUCGACCGCUGACCUCUUGGAUGAGUUCGCUGUCCGACAGCCCGCUUACAUGUCUUGGAUUGGAUGGAACUGUCAUCGGGAGUGCGAACACUACUGCCAGUGGAUGACAAUUAGUCACUUGGUCUCCAGCCCUGAGACAAGUCAUCACCGUUUGCCACAAUUUUACGGAAAGUGGACAUUCUUCCGAUUCUAUGGUCUCGAAGAGCCGGCGUCUGUAUUCUUCUCUCUUCUAAACUUAUUGUCUAAUAUCUACGGUUGGAAUGAAUACCGAAAAUCAAUCACAACUGAUUCCCAUUUCACUAUUUGGACACUUCACGCAUUGUUGGCCAUUAAUGCCUGGUUCUGGUCCACAAUCUUCCACAUCCGUCAGACACUAUUCACUGAAACAUUUGACUACUUUUGUGCAUAUUCUGUGGUCAUAUACUCACUGUUUGCACUAACCGUCCGUUUCUUUGAUUACUUCAACAUUAAUGCAAACAAAAUAGUG